CGCCCCUUUCUCUUUGGAGAAGACGGUCGUCCAUUUUAAGUGUAUCAGUCGUCAUUUCACACCGCUACAGUAGGACGGAGAACGUCAGGAUUCAAUUUCAGCAUAUUUCUCUUACAACUGUAGUGGAGAAUUGCCUACUAUGAACUGAAUCUCUUCCUAAAACAAAAACAAGUAGAUCCUAGUGAAGUGACGCAUAAGCCAGUAGAGUCCAGCGUCGAGUUGUAAUUUUUUUGCUCCUCAAUGUAGCUAGAGGAAAUGGCUGUGGAAAGCAUGACUGUCCAUCCAAACUCCCCAACUACCAACCACGAACACAACAGUCUUCUGACUGACGAAAGGCCUGAAGAUGGAGAGCUGGAGGAGGGCGAGUUGGAAGACGAUGCAGGGGACAUGGAGGAGGAGGAGGCGGGCCAGGGCUUGUCUGCACCGGCGGGACCGGGCGGAGACCGGGGCGAGGACGCUGGUGGCGGCGGUGAAGGAGGAGGAGACGUGGCGGUGGACAGGCCUCGCCGAAGCCGAGACCGCCACCCGAGCAGCGCCUCAGACGACGAGCGCUCCCAUCGCCACAAGAGGAAACGGAAGAAAGAGAAGGAACGGGAGCGGGAAAAAGAAAAGAGGAGGUCCAAGAAGAAACGCAAAGCCAAGCAUAAACGGCACGCUUCUUCUGACGACGAUCACUCAGACUUCAGCGAUGACUCUGACUACAGUCCAAGCGAGAAGAGGAAGUACAGAGAUUACAGUCCGCAGUACACCUCCUCUUCUCACGGCGGCUACGGCGGGUCGAAGAAGGGCGGCUACAUGAAGAUGGACAAACAGGGCUAUGGCGGCUAUGAUGACUAUGAAGACGACAUCUACGAGGGAGAGGAGGAUGAAGACAUGGGCGAUGAAGAGUAUGACGACUUCGCAAAGGAGCUCAACCAGUACCGCAAGGCCAAGGAGGGCGGCCGUGGCGGAAGAGGGGGCAGAGGUCGCAUGAAGAGCCUGAGAGGACGAGGGGGGAUGAGGGGAGGCAGGCGGGGGAGAGGAGGAAACCGAGGACGGGGUGGACGAGUUGGACGGAUGGGCGGAGACGACGACGGGGACGGAUACGGAGAGGACAUGGAGUACGGAGAGGAAGACUACGAAAACAUGGGGGACGAUGAUUAUGACGACUACUCCAAAGAACUCAGCCACUACAAACGCUCUAAAGACAGAGGCAGAGGAAUGAAAGGAGGCCGCGGUCGAGGCAGAGGCAAAGGAGGAAGAGGAAUGAUCCGAGGAGCGAAGGGCCGAAGCAGAGGGCGAGGAAGAGGCGACAUGGGCAACGACGACGACAACAACGGCGACAUGGACAACGGGGAUGGAGGCGACGGUCCGGGAGCGGGGAGGAGGCAUCACCACGAAAAGCACCAGGAUAAGAAAGGAAAAGCCAUCUGCAAGUACUACAUCGAGGGCAGAUGCACCUGGGGGGACCACUGCAACUUCAGCCAUGAUAUCGAGCUGCCGAAGAAGAAGGAGCUGUGCAAAUUCUACAUCACUGGAUUCUGCGCCCGCGCCGACCACUGUCCCUACAUGCAUGGCGAGUUUCCAUGUAAGCUGUUCCACACCACAGGAAACUGUGUGAACGGAGAUGAGUGCAUGUUCUCCCAUGAAGACCUCAACAACGACACCCAGGAGCUGCUCAACAAGAUGCUGGCAGAAGAUGCUGAGGCUGGAGCCGAGGAUGAGAAGGAGGUGGAGGAGCUGAAGAAGCAGGGCAUCAACCCUCUUCCCAAACCCCCUCCUGGAGUCGGCCUGCUCCCCACCCCUCCCCGCCCUGUUUCUAUGGACGUCAACAUGGGGGUUGGGGACUUUGGCGGGCCUGUGGCUGACGCCUUCGGGGGUCCUCCUGGACCCAGCCAGGUUCCUCUUGCAGGCAAAGGUCCACUGGUUCCGCCGCCCAUCCCCGGACCCAAUGUCCCUGCUGGUCCGGUCCACAGUCCUGAUGGAAGCCCCUUCCCAGGAGGACCCCCCUCCAAUCCCGGCUGCCCCUCCCCACACAUGGUGCCCCCGCCCGCUGGUGGGUCAGGGGCCGGUGCCGGGAAGAAGAUCCCGUCGCUGUUUGAGAUUAAAGUCCAGCCAACUGGACAACUGGCUCAGAAACUGGCUGUCAGAAGCCAGGCUCCCAGUAGCGGUCCGGCUCAGACCGCACCACCAGGACCGCAGGGCGCCCCAGGAGCCGCUCCGCCCCGCUUCCCCGGACCCGCCGGCAUGAUGCCCCCCGAAUCGCAGAGCCUGGGGCCCGGCGGAGCCCCCAUGAUGGGAGGGUUCGGCUGCAGUGACGGAGGGGCGGGACCGCCGCAGGGAGGAGGGAACUUCUUCAACGAGUUCUACAAUCAGCAGGACGGGAUGAAGAUGGAGGGAGCGCAGGAGGGCGACAGGUUUCAGAGUUUUCCCGCCAUGGAUGACAGAGGAGCGGCCGGACCCAGAGACGGUUCUGCUAACGGGGCGCCGGCCGGCCAGGGAGGCAUCUCUGUGCCGGACUUCCUGCCUCCUGCCCAGCGGGUUCUGUUCAUGAGGAUCCAGCAGAAACAGCAGGAGGAGGAGGAGCGCGCUCGCAGGAUGGCCGAGGGCGGAGCAGAAAAGACCAAAGAUGUCGAAGGCGACUCGGGGAACUGGUACUCCAGUGAGGAUGAGGACGGCGGCAGCAGUGUGACCUCCAUCUUGAAGACGCUGCGCCAGCAGACCCAGCCGACCCAGAAACCCGACGGACAUACGGGCGACUCCCGCCUCCACAAGCCGGCCGCGGCUCGCCCGGCGGACCCCCGUCUGGCCCGGGAUCCCCGCCUGGCGCGCGGCGCCGACUUGGCGCUGCUCGCUCAGCCGCCCCCUGCAGACAAACCCGUUGACCCGCGCGUACGCAAGCCUCCGUCCGACCCGCGCCUGCAGCCGCAGAAAUCAGCGCUGAAGCAGCCGGACCCGGCUCCGUCCGUUCCGGUUCCGCCUCCAGCCGCUCCGUCCACUUCCUCCCCGCCGGGCAUCGCGCCCUACGACCCCCGGCUGCUGUCUGCCGGGGGGUCCGGCCGCGGCGGGGCCACCGGGACUCCAGGGGGCGCCAGCGUGCUCAGCAGCAUCAGCCUGUAUGACCCACGGACUAACAAACCGGGCAGCCCCGGUACCAGCAGCGGGUCCCCCAACUCGGCCGGCGCCGAGCCCAAACCCAGCGACCCGACGGCGGGGAAACCCAAACCCAAAGAGCCGUUGUUUGUUCGGAAGUCCGCUCUGGACCAGCCGGAACCGGAGAAGAGCUCAGAGCAAGGCACCGACCGCUACAACAGCUACAACCGGCCGCGACCCAAACCCGCUCCGUCGCCAAACUCCACCUCCCAAACGGGUCCGGCCGCCGGGUCGCCGGGCGCUCCCGGGGGAGCCGCCGACCCGGCGCCGGCGGGAGUCCACAACCUGCCGGUGCCGUCGCUGUUCGGCGUGGUGAAGCAGGCGUCCAAAGCGGGCGGCGCCGGCAGCCCGUUCGGAGGAAGCAGCCCGGCGCAGUCGGAUCCGGCCGCCACCGACCAGGACAACGCCUCGCUGAAGGACGUGUUCAAAGGCUUCGACCCCACGGCGUCGCCUUUCUGCCAGUAACCAUGGAAACGGGGAGCCAAUCAGGCGCCUCGCAGGUUUUACAGUUACUGGACGGUGAAGCAGAGACGUUGCUGUGGAAACCGCCUGACAGACCCAAACAUCCGGGACCGGGCCGCUGCACUGAGAGAAAAAGAGUUUCUAUUUUAAACGUAUGGACGUGUAAAAUCCUCCCGACCCGGAUUUCAACGUUUCUACAGAACAUUUUAGCUUUUCUGCUGCGCCGCUUCAGCUCCAACCUCUGGGAACAAUCAGAUCCUGUCAACGCGCGUCUCAUUCUGAGUUGAAUAUUUAAACUCUUUUUUUUAUGUUUUCUGGAGAAAAGAUAUGAAAGCAUCUAAAUAUAAAUCUAUAACCUGCCUGAUUUAUUUUUUAGUAUUUAUUUUUAUACUUCUUGGCGCUGUCAGCUCUUGUCUGAGGUUUAGAUUGAUUUAUUUGUACUGUGCAAAACUUUUGCUUUCAUCUUGUCUUUAUUUUAAUUCACACAUUUCGUUGAAGCUAACUUCAAUCUGAUUGGUCAGUGCUCCACAGUUUCGUUACAAUCCUCUUUUUUUCCUUCUCUUACUCCAACUUAUUCCUUUUUCUUUGCUUUCUUGUUCAGGAACAGAAAUGAAUCUUCAUCGUCUCGAUUGUCGUACUCAUUUUCAGGUUUUGAUUCACAUUAUGGAUCUUUUGUGUGCAGAUUCAGAGUGAAAACAGCUCCCAGAAUUGCUAACGAUGCGUUUUUCUGUACAAACGUUACUUGUUUUAAUUUAUUUCUCUGCUUUGUUUUUUUUUUAUACCUAUUCUGGUUCUGAUUCAGCACGUAAAUCAGCUCCCCUCAGCGGACGCAGGCAGUCGUUUUGUUAACCUGUUAGAAUCUCGCCAGGAAAGUGGAUUUAUUGUUUUGGGGGUUUUUUUUGUACAUUUUUAUGUUUUUCUUCUCUUUGUAAAUUUGACCAGAGUCUUUAACAUCAUUGGAGGGAGUUUUCUAACUGUACACAUUUAGGUGAGGAUGUAAGUAUUUAAAUAAAGUCCAGACAUGAUCAGAAGGUUAAAAAAAACUCUAUUUUCUGUAUUUUUAUUACCUCAGCUGAUUCAUCUGACGUGUUUAUGUAAGAAUGCCUAAAAUCACAAUAAAACUGUUUUCUCUGAUGAUGUCAUUGGAAGAAGAACAAACUCCUUA